AUGCUUGACCGCGAGAGACCGGGGACCAAGACAUUCACCGAGGCCACGCCUUUACUGCAGAAGGCGGCACCAAUCGUGCCUGCGCAGGAGUGCCAGCAACAUAUACAGCUGCUCCGAUGUUUCUUGAACUUGAAGCAGACGGUCUUGAAGACAAAAGGCCUCUUCAAGACCGAGUAUGUCCAUGAAAUCAAAAACGGACUAGACCCGAUAGCUCGGCAGUCCGCGGCGGAGGAAAGUCGGUGGUCAAUCUAUGUCUCGCGGGCUAUCCAUCGAUUUUCUAUUUGGUGGACUCGUUUAUCAGUGACUGGCACUCCAGGGCCCGGUUCGAAUCAGUUAUUAGAAAAGUCGUACGGGCCGCAUGGCGGAUGGACCUGGACGGGGGAUCAGAUGCCUCCAUUAGAUGUUUUGAUGGUCCUCCAUGCGCUGGCACUACAUACCAAAGCCUUCGGGGAGGAUUGUUUUCGUCAUCAAAAGAUGGCACUAUGGAACGGAGGAUUUCCCCUUCAGCUGGCCUCACAAUAUAUAGACCCGGAUAACUUUGAAUAUUCGUGUCCCGAGCCCUGCCGGCUGCAGUUCGAAAAUAUGACAAAGCUGGCAUGGGACAAUGUUAAUGACCCUGAAAACCUUCCUAUCGAAUGCUUCCGGUGUCAGAAACAGACCGCUGUGCCGUGGACGACGCGGCGCGGCAAAGGACUAGCAGAUGAUGGAUUCUUACAAGUGUGCCAAUGGUGCAAGUUUAUCCUACGAAAAGACGCUCUUCUCGCUCAGAAGCUCCGCCGGGAUUUACAUCUACUCCUGGAGACAAACAUCCCCUUGCCGGGGACCUGCUGGAGUGUCGACAAUGGCUUGGCUCCCAAUGAAACGACAGACGGGCUUCUAAAACAGCCUCUAGUGGACCUGUUACUAGAGGAAACACGCCCGACUAAUCUAUUCCCAAAUAUAACCCAAAUAAUCCAGGCCAGCACUGAGGCAGCCGAGGGCCAAUCUCUACCCCUGCUUCAUAAUAUCUUCGAGCACUAUCAAUAUGUUGGAACCUCUUCCUGUGAUCUGCAUACAGCUGUAAUGAGAGUGUCAAAGUCAGCAUCAACACUGCAGAGUGCGGAUUGUCUCGACUUAUCGCAGAUAGAGAGCCUAUACACUCACUUUCUGCGAGAGCAAAGCAAGGGGUCGUCACGACGUUCUGCUCCCCAAACAGAUAUCAUGGAUCCCCUCAGCUUGGUCUGGAGCACGCAUCUGUUGAGGCCGCGUUCAUACUGUGACUUUUCCCGACACUUUGGCAACAGCGUGCCAGUGGACUGGGGCCUGCAACAUGAAUCCGAGACUUGCAGCGUGUGCCAGACGCUGUGUCCGCCUUCUUUCGCCCGUCGGUUUAUCCGAGGUCUUACUUCGUUAUCAGAAUGGAAGGAGUGGCUAUCCACUGUGUAG